CAAGACGUCGUGAUACUACGCGCGGCGAGAUCCCAAAAUAAUAUCUGUUCCAGAUUACGUUUUUAAUACAUUAUAAAAUAAAUUAUUGUUACUGCAAUACAACGCUUUACCAAUUACCUAUACGGAUUACGACUCUCAAAAUGGCUACAGAGACGUUUAUAAAUUUGUACGAUUUUAAAGAAUGGAGCUCAGAAGAAUGUGGACUAGUUUUACAGGCAGUUUAACUGAUCGUGUGUGGACCCUUUAAAUGCCGCACCACAGACUUCUUACCGAGUUAUGAAUUAUGAGUACUUUAGUCUGUGUGCAGUGUCAAGUGUGCCAAAAGCAUUAUCAGUAUUUCACGUGUACGGCAAAAAACUAAAAAGGACCACAAUGGGCGGAGCAAGAAAUUAUGAAAUCGUUUAUCUGGCAAGUACACAGAUCUAUGUCUUCUACUACAUUACAUGUACAUAUGUUGACAUCAAUCAGAGUUAACAGUUCACAUCGAAUUACUUUAUGUAAUCCUAAAACACGGAAUUCUUUGUCAGUUACUAUGCUUCAACACUUAAUUAAUGAAAUUAAAAACGCUGGUAAAAACCAGUCAUUAAAAAGCAUUGUAAUAAAUGGCAAUGGGCCAAUUUUUUCUGCUGGACACAACCUUAAAGAACUUAUAGACAUGAAAAUCCAGCAAAAAGUUUUUUCAUUGGCUACAGAACUAAUGAAUGCAAUGUUAGAUUGUCCAAUACCAAUUAUUACUGCUAUAGAUGGAUUAGCUGCAGCUUCGGGUUGCCAACUUGUAGCUGCUUCUGAUAUAGCUAUAUGUACAAAUCGUAGCUCGUUUUCAACGCCGGGUGUAAACCUUGGCUUAUUUUGUUCCACUCCUGGAAUUCCGUUGAGUAGAUGUAUACCAAAAAAAGUUGCUUCUUAUAUGUUAUUUACUGGAGAAUCAAUCAAUGCAGAAGAAGCCCUUAGAAAUGGUCUUGUUAGUAAGGUUGUACAUCCAAAGGAAUUAGAUGAUGAAAUUGAUAAACUAACUUUGUUAAUUGAUCAAAAGAGCCGUGAAGUAAUUACUCAUGGGAAAACAUUUUUUAACCAGCAAAUAGAUGUUGAUAUAAAAACAGCUUACAAGAAUGGAGAAAAAGCGAUGUUAGAAAACUUACAACUUGAUGAUUGUAAGGAAGGUCUUCAAUCAUUCAUCGAGAAGAGGAAACCAAACUGGUCCAAUUAAUUAUCGAAAAAGUUGUCGUAUUUCUCGCUCUUACUGUAAAGUCAAACUAAAACAAAAGGAGAAAUUUCCAAAAAUCAUUAUUAUAUACUAUUAUAAUAUAAUUGAGGCUGUUUAUUCGAAAAGGGCAUAUUAUAUAAUUUUCUAUACUUUACACCCUUGCAGAAUAAACAAGUCUAAAUUUUUUUUAUUUGAAUGUAAAGUAAUUAUUCAAUGUUUAAUUUAUUAAUAAAGUCUGUAAUAGUAACAAA